AUGCGGUGGGUUGGGUUCCUCGGCCUGGUGGCCCUCUCAGAGUGCUUGGUCACAAUCCCUCUGACCAAGAUCAAGUCCAUGCGAGAAAGUCUCCGGGAAAAAGACCUGCUGAAAGAUUACCUGCAGCAGAACCCUUACAGCCACGCCUACAAGUUUUUCCGCAAACAGCAAGGAGUCACUAUUGAACCCAUGAGGAACUACCUGGACCUGUACUACGUUGGCACCAUCAGCAUUGGGACGCCCCCGCAGGAGUUCAAGGUCAUCUUUGACACAGGCUCCGCUGACCUGUGGGUGCCGUCCAUCUACUGCUCCAGUCCCGCCUGCUUUACGCACCAAACCUUCAACCCUGGGAAGUCCUCUACCUUCCAGGGCACCCGCCGGCCCAUCCAGCUGCAAUACGCCUCGGGCAGCAUGACCGGAGUGCUCGGCUACGACAGCGUCAGGAUCGGGGACCUUGUCAACAAAGUCCAGGCAUUUGGCCUGAGCCAGACAGAGUCCAGCAAGUCCCUGGAAUACGGGGCUUUCGAUGGCAUCCUGGGCCUGAGCUACCCCACCCUCGCCCUCCAAGGCACCACCCCUGUCUUCGACAACAUGUGGAAACAAGGCCUCAUUUCCGAGAAACUCUUCGCCUUCUAUUUGAGCACCAACACGGAGAAGGGCAGUGUGGUGAUGUUCGGCGGGGUGGACCACUCCUACUACAAGGGGGAGCUGAAGUGGGUGCCGGUGACCAGGCAGGGCUACUGGCAGAUAACUGUGGACAGCAUCUCCAUGAACGGGAAGGUUGUUGCUUGUCAUGGCAGCUGCCAGGCCAUUGUCGAUACCGGGACCUCACUGCUGAUUGGCCCAAAUUACCCUGUCUUCAACAUCCUGAAGACCAUCAACGCCCAGGCCACCAGCACUGGCGAGUACAUCGUCAGCUGCAAUGCCAUCAGCGCUCUGCCUGACAUCAUCUUCACCAUCAACGGUGUCGCGUACCCAGUGCCAGCCAGCGCCUACAUCCGGAAGGACUGGCCAGACAUCUGCUACAGCAACUUUGACAACAGCUCAGGCAGCGGCAGUCUCUGGGUGCUGGGUGACGUCUUCCUGAGGCUGUAUUUCACCGUUUUCGAUCGGGCAAACGACAGGAUUGGCUUGGCUCCGGCAGUGGCAUAA